UCCUGAUCAGACGUACGAGAGGAGCAGGAGGAAGCACGCUGUGUGGGGACUCGGCGGGACAGAUCAGAGGCAACCUAUUCCUGUGGCAUGGCGUCAGGGUGGCAGGAGCGGGACGGUGCUCUCCUCAGAGCUUGUCUUUGGUGAUGAUAAGCAGUGCCCUUCCUCCUCCUCCUCUGAGUGCACAAAUCCCACCAGUGAGACAAUCAACACCUGGGCCAUGUGACUCCCCUCAACAUUCCCAAGAGCGCAACAGAGCAAAGAGACAGCCGGACAGGGAAAAACAAGCGACACGCUCCAGUUUGAUGCAAAAUUGAACAAGAACAACAAAAUGGUCAAGAACAUCCGUCUCGUAAUCGCAUGGCUUUGCCGGCGGUCGACAAUUGCUGCUCUGUUUUUAGGCCUGGUUAUUCUGCUGACCUAUAUUCACAUUAAAACUUCUAUUGUAGAGGAGACACCAAGCACACCACAGAUAGGGGACUUUCAUUGGCAAAAGGUUGACGAUCGCCAUCCGAGCACCCCACAAGAGAAGAACAUUUUCGUCCGACAAAAAAAGGAGAGCUUACAUUUUUCCACAAAGGAAGACGUUUUAGAUCCUCUUAAAAUUCCAUAUAAUAUUUUAUUGGGCUCACUUCCUCCAUCCUCUCAAACGAAAUAUUUGUCCAUUGGAAUAUCUUCAAUUAAAAGGAACAAAGAAAAUUACCUAAUGGAUACAAUUGAAUCCGUCUUCAAGCAACUGAGUCCUCAAGAGCAAGAUGAAAUGGUGCUUGUGGUCUUCUUGGCCAAUUUUGACUCAUCAGUGAACAUUCAAAUUGCCAAAGAGAUUUCAUCCAAGUUUCAGGAACACAUUGACUCACAUAGACUUAUUGUUAUCUCUUGUUCCAAGGAGCUGUACCCAUCAUUAGAAGGACUUAAACGAAACUUCAACGACCCCGAAGACAGAGUCAAAUACAGAUCCAAGCAAAAUGCGGACUAUGCUUUUCUAGCCAAUUUCUGUACAGUUUUGUCCCAGUAUUUUUUAAUUUUAGAAGAUGAUGUGUAUUGUUCAAAGAAUUUCCUGACCAGCAUUAAAAAGCAUGUAUCCGGAUUACAAGGAGCUUGGGCCACCAUCACUUUCUCAAAACUUGGUUAUAUCGGAAAACUCUACCACAAUGAGGACUUGCCCAAGUUAGCAAGAUUUCUGCUGAUGUUUUAUGAUGAAAUGCCAUGCGACUGGCUUUUGGAGCACUUCCACCAAUCCAAGGCACAAAAGGAAAUGAUCCGAUUCAAACCUUCAUUGUUUCAGCACAUGGGCUCCUUCUCUUCAUUCCAGGACAACCCAAAUAAACUCAAAGAUGACGAGUUUCAAGAGUUUUAUGGAGAGACUGGAGAUAACCCUCCAGCUGUGCUGAGAACUGAUAUUACCAUCUAUGAAGAAAACCUACCACAAAAAUGCUAUGAUGGAACUGGGUAUUUCUGGGGAAAGACAUUGAUACCUGGAAAUUACGUUUUGGUCAUCUUUAGUCAAUCUGUUCAACUGCAAAAGGUCCGGAUUAUCACAGGAUCAGAGGAGCACAAAGCUGACAUCCUGCAAUCUGGAUAUGCUGAAAUCGGUUGGGAGCUGGUAGGGGAGAAUGACCAAAGAACUUGUAAAACGUUUGUUAGCAUCGGUGAUUUUAAAGAAGGGAAACUGGAAGUGAACGAUCUGGACAAAAAUAUUCCAAACAAAGUUGACUGUGUUAAUGUAAAGGUUAAGGGAUCUCAAAGUGAAUGGCUUCUUAUUGGUAAAAUAGAUGUCUGGAUUGCUCACAGUUAAAAUUCACAUUCAAAAUAUUUUUAUGUUCAAUUUGUGUCCCAAAUUAUAAAAUCUGGACACCUCUGUGAAGUACUCCUGCGGAAAUGUUUACAAUUAUGAAAGCUGGUUUAAUGAAGAAUGUAUUCCUAAUUAUGGUUAUGAUCAAUUGAAAUGAAAAUUUAAAUGAAUUUAUUUUUUAAUUUUUCAAAUAUGAGAAGAGUUCUUUGUUAAAAUAUAUUGAAAUGUAAUGUCUGGUGUACAAGUGUAUACAUAACCGUACAUUUUUCUAUUAACUUGUUGACAGGACCUGUAAAUGCUCCCAGCAGCAUUAAGUAUGAUGCAGGGCUCCAUAGCAAAAACAGCUCCUCAUAAAAAUGUGCCUUUUAUUUAUUUUUAAUAUGUAAUGAAAAUUGUGAAUUGUAAUCAAAGAAAAAUUAUUUUACAAGUGG